AUGCCACCACCACCGCCACCACCGCCGCCUGGAUUGAAGAAGGCACCGGCACCUCUACCACCAGCAGCAGAGGGAGCAGUUGUAGGAGUGAAGGAGACGGUAAACCCACCACCACCACCACCGCCUGGAUUGAAGAAGGCACCGGCACCUCUACCACCAGCAGCAGAGGGAGCAGUUGUAGGAGUGAAGGAGACGGUAAACCCACCACCACCACCACCACCUGGAUUGAAGAAGGCACCGGCACCUCUACCAGCAGCAGCAGAGGGAGCAGUUGUAGGAGUGAAGGAGACGGUAAACCCACCACAGCCACAACCACCGCCGCCUGGAUUGAAGAAUAUGAAGGAUUCACCUCCGGUGGUGUUCGUGGCUGGAGAGGAUGAGGCACAGCCAGAAUCUUCUUUAGCUGAGAAGAAAAAUCAUGUACCUUCUUUAUCGUGGGAGUUAGGGAAGUUGAAUGGCCGUGGUUUGCCUCGGUUGUGCUCUGGGGUUGGAGUGGAUGGAACAAUAGCUGGCAGAUCGCCCUCACCAUUUGUGUCAAGCACGGUGACUGCUGUUGGGGAUGACAUAGAUGUUAUUGGCUGUACAAAGUCCCCAGUUCACCAUCAUCCUCGUGAUAAAUUGUUUUAUUCUCCACAGGGUCGAGUGAAUGAUUUCUCUACAACUACUGCCGUUGCCACGGGUAUUGUGGGAAGUGAUGAUGUGGUUGGUUCCAAUAAUCCUUCUGUGAUUCGAGAUAAUUUACUGAGGCUUUUAGAGAAGCUAUCUCAUAACAGGGAUGGGGAUGCGGGGAGAACUGGUUCUUCCGGUGAAAAGGAGAAAGGAUGUAAUAAUAGACCACAUGUUGACGUGGACGAUGCCUUAGAUGAUCUUUUUGCUCAUGUAAUCUCCGUUCUUGAAAGUAUUGUGCAGAAAUUUCUUUUUCAUUCCCUAACAAGAGAAUGGAAGUCAAAGAUUUGCAUUAGUGAAUCAGUUCAGUCAUCUGCGACAAAGGAAUAUGAUCUUCCUUGGUUGUUGGCGUGGCGUGAAGCGCAAUGCCAAGAUGAAGAGGCAUGGAUUAUUUGGAAAUCUGCUCUAUGUCGUUCCUGGAGACGUACAAGGCGUGAGUGUGCAUCCCGAGAUCGUAGUGAAGCACUGGCAAUUACUCUGUUUCAGCUCGAUCCCUUGAGAGUUGCUUCAUCAAGGCUCACGCUGAACCCAUUCCCUCAUGAUGUGGAAAGACUUCAGGAUGAGCGACGUAAGACCAGAGCAAAAUUACAUGCACUUAUAUGCCAUGUACUGUAUACCUGUCCUGUGAUUCUCAUUGAUAAAUACACUCAACGUCUGGCAGUAACAGCAGAAAUCGAUUUGGAUUUGCUGCGACGAUGGAUACUUGAGACUAGAGGGAAUGGAGACACUGAGGAAAAUAUCAUUGGGUUCAUUCACGCUCUUAACAGCCGGGAGUUAGAUAAAAUAGACGACGUUGAACUCACGAGCCUCGAUGAAGUGGAGCGUCUCUUUGCUGCAGAGCGUCGGGCGCUACUUUCCCGGUUUGAUGCAGGGUUGCUCCCACCACCGUCUCGUGUGGUGGAACCGGUUUCAUCUUGCAAUCCACCACUCUACCCCGCAUCUUCUGUUUCUCCACCGCCUCUCUACUCCACUACUGCACUCCGACGGCACGUUGAUCCCACUCCUGUGGAACUGCGCCCCCAAACCUUUACCACACUCGAGUGGUCACCAAUGGCCCGCAAACCUCUUGAGAUGGAAAUAUCGUUAGCAACGCGUUUUGCCUCAUCACCAGAUGAUGUAAUGUAUCCCAUCUCCACUGCUAAGGUUGAGCAUGAAACACCGAGGGUAAAGAGGUUGGCUGGUUCUGGGGGCCGUUUUAUGGUGUGGCAGCAGGAUGAUCUGAAGAGUUCUAGCGCCUCAUGCUCACCACACGUACGGAUUUUGGAUGCUGAGCGGUCGGUGAGACAGCUUCCCUCCGCUCUGAAAUCACCUCGUUCUCUAUCAUCGUGGUGA